GGUUCGGCACAACUCAGAGAAGUGAAACGCCGAACUUCUCGGUGCUGUUUGAGUCACCAUAAAAACAAAGCGGAUCCACCCAGUCCCACGGCGGCCGCAGGCAGCGCGUAACGCGCUCCCCGCUCAGCAACGCGCCUCACGACGCCUCUGGUUUCACCGACUGGCGGAUCGCGCUCCGUUUGCCUGUAAAAGUGCCGUGUGCGUCAUUUGCGGGACGCUCGGAGUGCCGCUCUCCUGAUUGACCCGUCGGGGCCCCGGACCAAGCCAGGCUUUGGACUCCGGUGUCUGUUGAGUGUUCUGCAGGUCGCAUCGAGUUACCGCUCGUCCAUGUUUCAUGAGCUUCAUUCCUGUGUUUUAUUUCUCACCUGCUCCGUGAUUCCUGAAGUUGCUUCAUACCACAACAAUCCACAGCUGAUCCUCUGUCCGAACUAGAGCCGCUGCAGGUCUCCUGGGAUCGUUACGGUUCCCGUGGCCAAUUAUCCGCCUGGAAUGUCGCCGCUGCGCCGCCCGUGACAUGCUGUAACCCGCGACCCGGCCCGGACGCCGCGAUGGCCUCCAUGGUCGCCAACGGAAGUCGAGACGCGGAGUCUCUGGUGCUGAAGGGGGUGGAUCCGGAGACCUGCAUGAUUGUGUUCAAGAACCACUGGGCUCAGGUGGUGAAGAUCCUAGAAAAGCAUGACCCCCUGCGCGCCGGCUCCGCCCCCCCGCCGCUCAGCAUGCUCCACCUCAGCGGCGGCCACGGCGCCGGCCCCCGGUUCGGGCCGGUGCCCGGCGACGAGGCCAGCGCCGUGCAGAACUACGUGGAGCACAUGCUGUUCCUGCUGAUGGAGGAGCGCUGCGGCCAGGCCGGCGCCAUGGGCCCCAUCCUGGAGUUCGUGGUGACGGAGAACGUGAUGGAGCGGCUCUUCGUGUGGAGCCUCCGCCGCGAGUUCACGGACGACAUGAAGCUGGAGCAGCUGAGGAUGUACGAGAUGCUGGUGGGGCAGGCGCGCCAGCCGCUGCUGCACCACAAGCCCGUGCUGCGGCCGCUCAUGAUGCUGCUGUCCGCCUGCUCCGGGGCGGCGGCGCCGGCGCCCGUGGAGGCCGAGCUGGUGCUGCUGCUCAACCAGCUGUGCUGCGUUCUGGCCAAGGACCCGUCCAUCCUGGAGCUGUUCUUCCACACCAGCGAGGACCAGGGCGCCGCCAACUUCCUGAUCUUCUCGCUGCUCAUCCCCUUCAUCCACAGGGAGGGCACCGUGGGCCAGCAGGCCAGAGACGCCCUGCUGCUCAUCAUGUCCCUGUCUGCUGAGAACGAGCGAGUGGCCAAACAUGUGGCCCAGAACACCUACUUCUGUCCGGUGCUGGCCACGGGCCUGAGCGGCCUGUACUCGUCGCUCCCAACAAGGUUCGAGGUGCCCAGUGAGGAGUGGCACUGCCUGAGCACCGACGACCUGCUGCGGACGCCGUCGCUCGUCCAGUUCCUCAACUCGCUGGAGUUCUGCAACGCCGUCGUCCAGGUGGCCCACGCCGACAUCCGACACCAGCUGCUCGGCUACAUCUACAACGGCUUCCUGGUGCCGGUCCUGGCGCCGGCUCUCCACAAGCUGACCCUGGAGGAGGUGAUGACCACCACGGCGUACCUGGACCUCUUCCUCCGGAGCGUCUCUGAGCCGGCGCUGCUGCAGACCUUCCUCACCUUCAUCCUCGUCCACCGGCACGAGAGCGUGCACAUCCUGGACACGCUGGUCAGCCGCAUUAACACGCCCUUCCAGCUGGGCAUCGUGUCUCUGGCGCUGUUCCGCACGCUCAUCGGUUUGUACUGCGAGGAUGUGAUGCUGCAGCUCGUGCUAAGGUACCUCAUCCCCUGUAAUCACAUCAUGUUGAGUCAGAGGCGUGUGGUGAGGGAGAGGGACUGCUACUCGGUGUCAGCCGCCAGGAUCCUGGCGCUGACGCCGUCCUGCUGCUCUCCGGACCGCAGCCCCCCGCCCCUCCGACAGCUGGACUCCAUCCUAUUUUCCAAGGGUGCGGAGGCCGGCGAUAAAACCUGCUCCGCGCCUCCAAGCACAGACAAGAAGGGGAGUUUGACGGAGGAGGGGGGCGACGGCUCAGGCAACUCCUGCACCAUCGGUUCAGAAAUCUACCUGGACGUCAGUUACCUCCAUUACCUUUACGACGCCCGUCGCAGCAUCAGCGGCUGCAUUCGGGCCAGUCAGGUCUGGUCGGCGCCGUAUGAUGGGGAGGACCCGCCUCCUGAGAGGUAUCAGCCCGGCGUGCUGGAGGACCCGGGGCCGAAGAGUCGACAGGCCCACGCGGCUCUGAUGAGAGCUCCGCCGGCGCCGGCACCGCGUCCUCAGCCCUCCGCUGCUCAGCUGGAGCUGGAGUGGGACCACAGUUUCGAUGCGUGCCCGGUGCAGGCUCACGAGGCUCCGCCGGAGAUUAGGCCGCCGCCGCCGGCUCCCGCUGAGCCACCGAAGCACAUCCAGGACAUGAGAAGGAGCGCCAUCAUGUUUAUCAAAGGCUCCUACAUAGAGGAAAACGAGUUCCAGGAUGACGUCAUGGUGUAUGAUCUCGUUGCCAAGAAAGACGUCAGAGACGCUGAACACGGGAAGCUCAAACCUGACCGCUCAGAAUCAGAACCUCAGACGGGCUCGACGGGCGUUCCCCUAAAGAACGGACUCAGCCCGACCUCCCCCACCUCUAUGGAGGCCGCUGGUGGCCAGCACAGUCUGGACACGAAGGUCAAAGGUCAGACAGACUUUAACUCCAACCUCCAGAAAGCCGCCGCUCCCGCCGAGUCGGGCGACGACCUCUUGGCUCAGUACGAGGAGCUCAUUCGCAGGUACGAAGCGGACGGGAAGGCUGUCAACGCUGACGCCGAGCCAAAGAAGGCCGUUCCCUCCCCGAUGGAGGAGGAGGAGGACGGGAUGGAUUUCACCUGCUCGGCCGAAACCCCGGAGGCCGACAAGCUGCAUUCGCCGUUUGGACACAGAACUCUGAGCUCCAGCUCCAGUAAAACCCAUUCCCUGCCUUUUACAGGUCCGUUUGUGAGCGUGCUGCUCUCGCGCCUGGAGAACAUGCUGUCCAACUCGCUGCACGUCAACCUGCUGCUGACCGGCAUCCUGGCCCAGCUGGCGGCCUACCCGCAGCCGCUCCUGCGCUCCUUCCUCCUCAACACCAACCUGGUCUUCCAGCCCACGGUUCGCUCCCUCUACCAGGUACUCGCCACCGUGAAGAACCAGAUAGAAGGUCUGGCUGUCAGCAGGAGAGACUUCCCGGAGCUGAUCACCGCGGCCCAGCACUGGCUGCUGGCCAGGGAGGCGACCUUCACGGCAGGGGGCGACGACAAAAACAGCGGCUCUGCCCACGAGGACACAGGGAGGCUACUGAGGAGUUCGCCACCACCCAAACCCAAGGUGCCCAUCUCUCUGGACCAGACAGAGGCCUUUGCUACCGUCCUCUUCACGGAGUUCCUUAAAGAACUGGCUGGACUUGCCCAAGAGCACUCCAUCCUGUCCUUCGUGCCUAUGGAAGAGUCAUAACGUUCCAACAGGCCUCUGUGAUGACUUUAUUUCAUCCAUUUUUUCAGGCACUGCUAGUUAGGUUCAGUGGUUUAUACAAGCUUUUUUAAAAAAAUAGUAUUUAUUUUCACUCUCCUCUGCUUUUUAAUUUUAUAUUUAAGGUUCUGUUAAAAGUUUGGUAGCUGAGGAAAAGGUGCAAACUUUAACCUGGACAAUCGUGACCUGCUCCAGCUAUAAAGAUAAUGAUCCUUAACAAGCUGCAGGUCCACCAACCAAAGACAGAGGUGACUUCAAGGAAACCAGCGUUUUGUGUGACUCAGCAAUGAGCCGUUUAGGGCUCCACCCUCCACAUGAAUGUCUCCUACAACCAGCUCCACCCGCAGCACGACGGCAGUGUGAAAUACUCAGGUGGCGACGCCUCUUUGCCAAAGGGUUGCAGCAGGACGGUGCGAUUUCAGGCACCUCAGCUUAGUUCUGGUCGUGGCCUUGUGCGUUUGAUAGAGACUCUCUUAGUGUUUCUGAUUCACAUCGGUACCUCAAGACUUUCAUGUUCUGUUCUGUUGAGUUGUUGAGUUGUGUUCAGGCUACGGUGACGGUUGUUUCUAGCUUCUUGGGUUAUUGGGCUCCACUCGUUUUCUAGACUCUGGCACCAAACCCGGUCGACCUUUUGCCUUCAGCGCUGCUUUUGAAUGUGCACAUAAAUUGUAGACAUGUCCCAGAGACAUGCAAAGCUAUGCAAAUCAAGGCUAAUGUGGACAUUACUGAGUUCUAUUUUUAGAAUGGGGCGGGGUAUUUAAGCUUUCUUGUGAGUCUGAGUUGCCACUGUUGUUGUACUUGUGUGUCUGAGAGUCAUAUUUGCGUCUGUUACAAAGAGCCACGGACUGUAACGCUUAACCAGGAAACCAAGGCCUUUAAUCUUUAAAGCUGUUCAACUAAGACACUUUGUUACAAGACUUUAUUAAAGCAACGUAAAUAUGUUUGAAUUAGUGCCUAAAUUGAGAUUUCAGUUCACUCUGGAUUUAAGUAACGUGAUUGUUCUCUUUCUACUUGAAGCUGUGUAAACUACAGUUCAUGCGUCAUUAUCUUCCUUUCAGCAAAUACAUUGUUUGAUGAAAUCAUUGUUAAAGUCAAGCCGGCUGCUGAAGCAAAACAAGCACCAGCUGACAUGACACUUACAAUGUGGACUGAAGAAUUUGAACAGCGUUGCUCUUAGUACAUAUGAAUUUAAUUCACGCUGUAAAUUAAUGGAACAAGAAUAGUGUGUAAAUUUAGUUUUUAAUCAGGUUUGUGUGUUUCUGUUCUCGUUUUAGAUCCAUUCAGUUUCUACUUGACGCUAUGCAGCAGGUGUUAAUCUCCUUUUGCUAAAAAAAAACCCCAUGCAAUAUAUAUUUGUAUCAAUCAAAGCUGUUAUGUAGAAGUGCUGGUAAAUGAAUGUUUCAGAGCACUUUCAGCCUUUUCGCACAACCGUGUCAUUCUGCACGACUGAUCCUGUCCCCCCACCGGAACCGUUCCACCAGCUGUGUUGAAUCUGGGUCUGUGCAUCCAUAGGUUCCAUGGAUCCAUCCAUCUGGCCUCAGCGCUGCCAGACAUGUGGUCAGGUUCGUGUGUUGUGAAGCGGGACUUUUAAUAAAGACGUUUUCUGGAGAAUAAA